UCUUCUGGAAACGACCCACUUGCAGAUUAAUCACCUUGGGAUCAUUCCGUUCCUCACAAAGAAGGGAGGGCAGAAGAGUUCCUCUGCAUGCAGCAACCUGUGGGGGACCCCAGCAAAUAUCCCCCUCUUCUGCCUUCUUCACUGCUUCGGAGGUGUGGACGCUGGUGGAGUGGAUACAGCAUUACUAUGCAUGCAGAUGUUGUGUCAUUAUGGUCUUAGAAGCCACUUUUGAAGACACAUAUGACGUCAUCACAAAGGAAAUGCUUAGGUUUAGGAACUUUAAGCCCUUGGUUACAAUAAUAACAAAUGGAGGUCAGAUGUGAAGUCCUCUGUGCUGUUGCUGUCUAUUCAAGGACAAAGUACUUUAUGACUUUUCUGGGGAGAAGAUCACUAGAAAACCAAGAGAAAUAGAUGAAUUCUCCAUGGAACACACUGCUGCUCUCUCCAAAAGACGAAGGGAAGAGAGGGAGACUGGUAAAGGAAGGCUCUCUGCCUGGUGCACGCUAUUCUGCUUUCAUGGGACAGUGUAGUGCUGUGACUGCACCAUGCUCUGGAACACUACCAACCACACUUCUGAGCCCUCAGAGGACACCCAGUAUAACUACUGGGCCUUGAUACUUGGGCUGAUACUGAUAGUGUUUAUUAUCUGUGGAAAUGUCUUAGUGUGUCUUAGUGUCUGCACAGAAAAGGCUCUGAAGACAACAACCAAUUACUUCAUAGUUAGCCUGGCUGUAGCUGACUUACUCUUGGCAGUAUUAGUUCUCCCUCUCUAUGUGUAUACAGAGUUUCUAGGAGGGGUGUGGACCCUGAGUCUUGUCCUGUGUGAUGUUCUUAUGACCAUGGAUGUCAUGCUGUGUACAGCCUCCAUCUUUAACCUUUGUGCAAUCAGUGUGGACAGGUUCAUAGCUGUGUCCAUCCCUUUGAACUACAAUAGGCGGCAGGUGGAUAAUCGCCAGCUUUUCCUUCUCUCCACCACAUGGAUUUUUGCCUUUGCUGUGGCUUCCCCAGUCAUUUUUGGACUUAAUAAUGUUAAAGACCGGGAUCCCUCUGAGUGUAAGCUGGAAGACAAUAAUUACGUGGUUUACUCCUCUGUGUGCUCUUUUUUUAUUCCAUGCCCAAUAAUGGUAGUUCUGUAUUGCGCCAUGUUUCACGGACUCCGCAAAUGGGAAGAAACCAGAAAGACCAAGUUACGGAGUCACAUGUCCCCGAGGCAUAAACCACCAAGUCAGACUUUAAUAUUUGAUAGGAUUGAUCGGAUACCUGCAGACAGAAAGCUGGAUGAUAGUCAUCUAUAUGACCAGCCAGACUGCCCCUUCUCCAAAGCCUAUGUGGAUAAUGGCCAUGGGAUACAAGCUGUAGCCUACCCUCACCUCAAAUACUCGUCAAACUCGGAGCCAGAAAGGAAGCACUCAAAGAUCAACGGGCGGGAGAGAAAAGCUAUGAGGGUGCUUCCAGUUGUUGUGGGUACAUUUCUCUUCUGCUGGACUCCUUUCUUUGUGGUGCACAUCACCCGAGCUCUGUGCGAGACGUGUUAUAUCCCUGAGCCGCUCUUCAGCACUGUCACCUGGUUGGGAUAUGUCAAUAGUGCACUGAACCCAGUCAUCUACACCAUAUUCAACACAGAGUUUAGGAACUAUUUUCGCAAAGUGCUUCGGUUGUGCUGCUGACCGAUCAGGAUUUUGGACAGCGCACUGGGUCAUGUGCCCUGUUGAUCUAAUAGGACUUAAGGCAUCAGGUGCCCUGAAGUUCACUGUGGACAUAAAUCAAGAGAUUGAUAUCAACUCAACUGUGUUUGGUUGACAUUGCAUGUUAAAUGUUGGAGUCUCCCGCAGGAUAUGGAGAAGUGCUACACGUCACCAUGCCACUUUUGUGAGCCCAAGGAAGCUCUGGAAAUGUCCUUGGUUUAUUUGCUUUGAAGAGCUACAAAACUCUAUAUCAUGAAUGUUACUACAGAUGCUGCACAUUGAGAUGUGAUAACCAAUAGAAAUUGGUAAUCUUCUGAUGUAGUAUUAAACCUCUUUGGCUGCUCUUUCCAUGACCCCAGUUUUGGGUUCUAGGACUUCAUAAUGAGAUCAUCUAUUCAGACUGCAGGACUCAUAAAGGAAUAAAAAUUAUUAUAUGGAUCUCUUAGUAAAGUUUGGUUGUGAAGGGCUCUCUGUGAGUGGGAGUAUGUACUAACAUUACUUGUUAAUUCUACAAACAUAACCCCUUUCUGCUGUGCAGACCCUGGGUCCAAACAUAUAUGCCCCAAACAGCCACAUAUGAAUGAUAAUAAUCAUCUUAGCGGGAAUCUCAGAAACAUACUAUAUAGUUUUGUCACCCAAUGGCGCUAUACUGUGCUGACGGUAUGUAAGUUUCGAUGAUGCAGAACAGGAGAAAGAUUUUGUAUAGCUCAAUAAAUGGAUUGUGGCUUUUUUAUGAAAA